GCGCCGGUAUUGAAGCAGCUUCGCGCUCAGACUGUGGAUCCGGAUCGGGUCCGGGUCCGGUUCCGGGUCCGUCUGGUCCGGGUUCAGGUGUGAAUGUGUGCUGCUCAGAGCGGAACCGAACCGAACCGGAACGUUUGUUUGGAGUUUAAUUUAGAGAAGAAUUAACGUGGCGCCAACAGGUGGCUCUGAGAGGAUCCAGAAUGUCCGGAUCCGAUCCUCCAAGAUCGGGACUCAAGUCUGUCAGAAGGUCCCCCAGACUGUCCCCUCAGCAGGCCUCCAGCAGCAGCAAAGACAAAGACAGCGGGAAAGGAGGAGGAGGAAGCAGCCUGCAGGAGGUGAAGCGAAGAGGCAGGAUGGAGCGGAGCAGAGAGGAGCAGGAGGAGGAGCUGAGCGGCAGACUGCAUUCACUGAAUCUUUCCAGCACGUCGGCAGCUACUGGAACUGGCCUGGUUUACUCCGAGAUCUUCACCCACCAUCAGAACCAGUGGGAUCCCAGUCAUCCAGAAUGUGCUGGCCGAGUGACGUCCAUCAUGGAGGAGCUGGAAAGUCAAGAGCUGCUGUCUUGCUGCGUCCGAGUGGAGCCCCGAGAUGCUACAGAGGAGGAGCUGCUGCUCGCUCACACGAAACAACACGUGGACACAAUCCGGGCGACUCAGACGAUGACCCAGAGUGAACUCCAAACUCUGUCGGAAACAUUCGACUCUGUGUACCUGCACCCCGAGACCUUCAGUGUGUGUGUGUCGGCAGUGGGCUCGGUCCUCCAGCUGGUCGAUCGGGUCAUGACCUCGGAGCUCAGGAAUGGGUUUGCCAUUAUCAGACCUCCAGGUCAUCACGCUCAGCCGAACGAAUGCAACGGCUUCUGCGUUUUCAACAACGUGGCGAUCGCAGCUCGAUACGCUCAGACCAGACACGCCGCCAGAAGGGUGUUGAUCGUGGACUGGGACGUCCAUCAUGGUCAGGGUAUCCAGGGCCUGUUCCAAGAUGAUCCCAACGUCCUGUACUUCAGCGUCCACCGGUACGAGCGCGGCUCUUUCUGGCCUCACCUGCCGGAGUCGGACAGCGUGGCGGUGGGCAGCGGACGAGCUGAGGGCAGAAACAUCAACCUGCCCUGGAACCAGACGGGGAUGAAGGACGGAGAUUAUAUCACCGCCUUUUUAAAGCUGCUGCUGCCUGUAGCCUGUGAGUUUCAGCCUCAGCUGGUUUUGGUGUCUGCAGGAUUUGAUGCCGCUGCUGGAGAUCCGAAGGGGGAAAUGUGUGUGAGUCCUCAGGGUUUCCAUGUUUUGACCCACAUGCUGAUGAGUUUGGCCGAAGGUCGUCUCGUUCUUGCCCUUGAGGGAGGUUAUAACCUGCAGGCGACAGCAGAGGGCGCCGCAGCCUGCGUCCGAGCUCUGCUGGGAGGGCCGUGUCCUCCUCUGACUUCACCCACCGCUCCCUGUGACAGUGCUCUGCAGUCCAUCUCGGAAACUGUCUCAGCUCUAUAUCCACACUGGGCCUCUCUGCAAGUGCUGGAGGGCGCUUCGCUGGCCACAGGAGGCGUCUUCACAACCACGUCCAUAGAGAAAAGCGCUGCUGGUCCGCCCCCCUCUGUUGCCGCGGCGACGGGUCUGGUUUAUGAUGAGAAAAUGAUGGAGCAUUUGAACAUGUGGGACAGGCAUCACCCCGAGCAGCCGCAGAGAAUCUUCAAGAUCUUCUCCAAACACCAGCAGCUGGGAUUGGUGGACCGUUGCCGACGGAUACCGGCCCGCCUGGCGUCAGAGGAGGAGCUGUUGAUGUGUCACAGUGUGCAGCACUUGGAGCAGAUGAAAGCGACGUCCACCAUGAAGCCCAGAGAUCUGCACAAACUGUCAGACAAGUUCAAUUCCAUCUACAUCAACAACCAGAGCUUCCACUGUGCUCGGCUCGCCGCCGGGAGCUGCUUCAGCGCCGUGGAGCAGAUCCUGAGCGGGCAGGUCAGUAACGGCGUGGCCAUCGUGCGUCCUCCUGGUCAUCAUGCUGAGAGAGACGCCGCCUGCGGUUUCUGUUUCUUCAACACGGCUGCGCUCGCAGCUCGCUUCGCCCAGAAGAUCUCCCACGAGCCUCAGCUGCGAGUCCUGAUCGUGGACUGGGACGUUCACCAUGGCAACGGGACGCAGCACAUCUUUGAGGAAGACAGCAGCGUCCUCUACGUCUCCCUUCAUCGCUACGACAACGGAGUCUUCUUCCCGUCUUCGGAGGACGCGGCGCCUGACAGGGUGGGCGUGGCCGCAGGGGCAGGGUUCAACGUCAACGUGGCGUUCAGUGGAGGACGGAUGGGCGACUCCGACUACCUGGCUGCCUUUCACCAUGUCGUCAUGCCGAUCGCGGCCGAGUUCAACCCAGGCCUGGUUCUGGUGUCGGCCGGAUUCGAUGCUGCUCGGGGCGACCCGCUGGGCGGAUACCAAGUGACCCCUGAGGGAUACGCCCACCUCACACACAUGCUGAUGGCACUGGCUGGUGGGCGGGUCCUGCUCAUUCUGGAGGGGGGCUACAACUUGACCUCCAUCUCCGACUCCAUGGCGAUGUGCACCCGCACGUUGCUAGGAGACCCUCCUCCAUCCCUGGUGACGCCACUGCCGCCUCCACACCGUAACGCCACGCUGACCAUCAACGAGGUCAUUCGCCAUCACGCCCCCUACUGGAAGUCCCUGAGGAUCCACAUUCCAGAGUCUGUUAAGGCAGCACUGCCACCACCAAAGCAUCGUGGGAAGCGUGGCUCUCAAGGAAAAGGGAGGAAAUCAGAUCAGAUUGGAAAUGACAAACCCCUGCUGCCCCCUUCUGGACCGGAGGACUCCACGACGGAGCAGAGUCUGGAUCAGCUCACACAGGGAUUGGCUGGUUUGGACAUCAGUCAACUCUCUGCCAGUGACGUGCCGGUGACGUCCACUCCAGUGGGCGGAGCCCGGCCGAAGAUCCGCCUCGGCCCUGAAGUGAAGGUGGAGUCUGGCUACAUCACGUCGGAGCUCAGCCAAUCGGAUGAGAGUACGCUGCCUCAGCCUGUUGCCACGACGACGCAGGACUCGGUUGCCACGGAAGAGACAUCAGUACCUGCAGCGGCGGCGGCGGCUCCAGAGACAGAGGCCGCACCAGAGACGGAGGGCGCGUGUGGAUGGUCGAAGCCUGAAGUGUCUCUGGAGUUGACGUGUGGAGCCGAAAUGGGCGGAUCCACGCUCUACGUGGUCGACCCCCUGCCCUGGUGUCCUCACCUGGACGCCGUUAAGCCACUCCCACCAUCAGGUAUCGACGUCUUCCUGCCGUGUCAGGACUGUGGCGCCGACACCGAGAACUGGACGUGUCUCACGUGUUACCAGGUGUUCUGCGGUCGCUAUGUGAACGAACACAUGGUGACUCACGGCGUUGUGUCCGAACACCCCGUGGUCCUGAGCUUUGCCGACCUGUCGGUGUGGUGCUACCUGUGUGAGGCCUACGUGCACAACCAGAUUCUCUUUGAAGCUAAAAACGCAGCUCACUGUGCCAAGUUUGGAGAGGAGAUCCCACCGUGGAGCUAGAACAGCCACCACAGGAAGCCCUCGUUUUUCUCCCUUCAUCUUUUCUCUGUUUUUUAUUGGAGAGUUCACCUCAUCAACACCAGCAGUAUUGGUGCUUUGUUGGAAGUUUUGUCGAAGUUAGUAACAUUACACUUGUUCCCAAUGCUGCAAAAUCCACCGUAUGCAAUUUUACUCUUGUAAAAAGAACCCAGCAACAUCCAGCUGCCAACUAGCAGAGAUCUUUGUCCUCAUCAUCAUCAGCAGCAGCAGAUUGUUGGUGGAAGUUCUCUGAAAAUGUGAACAGUCACCAGCAACACACUCUGGACACUUCACUGAGAAGAUUCUGAAAGGAAAAACUGCACAUGAAGGAAGAACACACUGAAGAGAAGUUUUUACCUAUCAGUAGCCUCCAAACACACAAAUGCACAGAAAUGUUUUUAGUUUUAUUUUUAUUUUUGGAACCAAAUGACCGUCUCCAUUUUUGAGCUACUGUUUUUCUGUAUAUAGUUUGAAUUUUGUGAUUGUGGCACGAGAUGAGUGAUGCAACGUUAACAACUAUGAUGGACACAAAAAAAAAACAAGUUUAUUCAAUAAAAGGUUUUG